AUGGACGGAGGGGAGCUCAAGCUCUACGGUAUGUGGGCAAGCCCCUACGUGCUGCGCGUCCGGCUCGCCCUCAAGCUCAAGGGCCUGGACUACGAGUACGUGGAGGAGAACCUGGCCAACAAGAGCGCCGCCCUCCUCCGCCUCAACCCUGUGCACCGGAAGGUCCCCGUCCUCCUCCACGGCGAUCGUCCCAUCGCCGAGUCGGCCGUCAUCCUCGAGUACAUCGACGAGACGUGGCCCCGCAGGUUCCCGCUGAUGCCCACCGAUCCCCGCGAGAGGGCCGCCGUUCGCUUUUGGUGUCACUUCGGCUCCGACAAGGUCAGCCAGAACUCCGGCGAAGGAUCGAUCACCAAUCCUCAGCCCUUCCUUUUCUCACCUCUCCUCGCUCCUGCAGUUGGGUCCCUCGGUGAUGGCGAUCUUCCGCUCCACCGGCGAGGCGCAGAGGGCGGCAGUCGGCGAAGCUGGAGAGAAUCUGAAACUCCUGGACAUUGAGCUCUCGGAGGGGUUCUUCCGGGGUAGGAAGUUCUUCGGCGGGGAGAAGCUGGGCUUCCUGGACAUCGUCCUCGGCUGCGGGUCGCACUGGUUCCAUGUCGUCGAAGAGAUGGUCGGAGAGGACCUCAGCGAGGACUUCCCCUCCUUCACUCGCUGGCUUCGAGAGUUCGAAGCUCAACCGGAGGUCCGGGAAGUGCUUCCCCCUUCCGACAGGCUGCUCGACUAUGUCCGUGGCGUCCGCCAGUGCCUGUUGAAUCAAGCUUAA